GGACUAUUGAGUGAAUGAGUGUUUGAUUGCAUUUAAAACACUAUUAAAUGAAUUGUGUUUUGAAUGCCAUUUGAAUACAUGUUUUAAUGAAGACUUUUAAUCACAUUUUAACACAUAUUUUGAACCAAAAACAAAGAAAUCGUCGAAACUAUUGAGGAAUGGAUUUCCUAAAGAGUGGUUGGAAUACCGUUUUGGGCACUAAUCCCGACACAAGUCAGCCGUCGGUCGCAGAAACCGUCGAGAAACUGGUCGAAAGGGUCGAGAGUUCAACACUUCUGGAGGACAGACGGGACGCGUGUCGGGCCCUGAAGUCGCUAUCAAAGACUUAUCGUCUAGAAGUGGGCGCACAAGCCAUGGAUGCCUUGACUUAUGUCCUCCAAAACGACUCGUCGGACACUGAGAUAAUGAGUUACGCCAUCGAUACUCUUAAUUAUGUCAUCUCUGGACCCGUUGACGACAUGACAGAGAAUCCGGUGCCGACGCCCACCCCUAUGGCACCGACUUCUAGCGCCGCUUCACCCGAUUUGGGCGUUCAGUUCACUGAAAUCUUUGUCAAACGCAAAGAAAAUGUGGCACUUCUUCUGGAACUGUUGGCCGAAUACGACUUUAAGGUUCGCUGGCCUUCAGUUAAACUACUGAUUGGUUUGUUGAGGAAUAAGUUACGCGACUGUCAGGACUGUAUUCUCUCGUAUCCAAUGGGUGUCUCCCGACUCAUGGAUCUGUUGGCCGACAGUCGAAGGAAUAAGUUACGCGACUGUCAGGACUGUAUUCUCUCGUAUCCAAUGGGUGUCUCCCGACUCAUGGAUCUGUUGGCCGACAGUCGGGAAGUGAUACGAAACGACGCGUUAUUACUUUUAGUCCAUUUGACGCGAAGUAAUGCCAAUAUUCAGAAGAUCGUCGCCUUUGAGAACGCUUUCGACAGACUGUUAGAGAUUGUGGCCGAAGAAGGCUAUAGUGAUGGAGGUGUUGUUGUGGAGGACUGUCUCAUAGUAUUGCAAAACCUAUUAAAACUCAAUUCUUCGAAUCAAAACUUUUUCAAAGAGGGCUCUUAUAUCCAAAGACUAUUACCAUUCCUCGACAUCCCGAACGCCACCGUUUGGAGCGCACAAAAGGCCACAAACCUCUUGUUUAUGCUUCAAGUAAUUCGUACACUCGUCUCGCCUAACAAUCCAUUACAAGUGACCACUUCUUGUCAAAAAGUUAUGCAACAAUCGGGUCUUUUAGAAAAGUUGUGUCUUAUUUUGAUGGCCAGUGGAAUCCCUGCAGACAUUCUUACAGAAACCAUUAACGCCGUGUCCGAAGUGAUUCGCGGCAAUCAUCACAAUCAGGAGUACUUCAGUACAGUUAACGCACCAACAGUUCCGCCAAAACCAGCGAUUGUAGUGCUCUUGAUGUCAAUGGUUAACGAGAAACAACCAUUUGAAUUGAGAUGUGCUGUUCUCUACUGUUUCCAAUGUUUUCUAUACAAGAAUGAGCUUGGGCAGGCACAGAUCAUACAGACACUCCUCCCAUCAUCUACUGAAGGUCUCUCUCUC